UGAGGGAAGGAAACGCUCAUCCAGUGUUGGAAUUUCUUCACUUCAUUUUUGUCUGUCUGUGCACUUGUUCGCCCUAAACAUCACAGUGCACUUUGUAGCCUAGCCGGCAUUACACUUAUCACUCUUCCUGGACCUACGCAUUUGAUGCAAAGUUACACUUUUAUAUUUAUUUACCCAUCGCGCCGGGAUUAUUUCGAUUUUUAAGGUCUUAUUUAGGGUUUGUUUGAUGGAUAUGAGUCAGCCGUAAUUGAGGGACCAUUUCACGAGGGGACAGCCGUAGUCCCCCAGCCUCUCCAUGGCCUCCUCAACACCCCCCUCAGCCCCGGCAUGACCGUCACGUCUGCCCGACCCAGCCCAGAGCCUGACUCCUCCACCCUCCACACCAGCCUCAGAUCCCGCCCCGUGCCCAUGGAAGAGCUCGACGCCCCGAGGGCCAAGCCGUUUGCCGAAGAAGCUGCCGUUUCCCCGGCCCCUGCCGUCGCGGCGGACUCCAUCAACCCAGAAGAUGCCCACUACGUGGCUCUGCAAGGCGAGCUGGAGGCCGACGCCCAGGACCUAGAGGAGGAGUCCUGGAGCGUGGCGGUGGAGCAGCCGUACCUCAAGAGCCUCAGCAAGGAGGAGGUCAAGAGACAGGACGUCAUCUACGAGCUGAUCGUGACGGAGCUCCACCACGUGCGCACGCUCAAGCUGCUGCAGCGGGUGUACCUGCACGAGCUGCAGGAGGCCCUGCAGAUGGAGGAGGCCAAGCUGGAGCGUCUCUUCCCCGCCGUCCACACCCUGCUGCAGCUCCACCAAACGCUGCUGGAUCACCUCAAGCACCGGAGGCUGCAGGCUCUGGAGCCCCACAGCUCCGUCAACUACCGCAUCUCCCACCUGGGUGAUCUCCUCAUCGCUCAGUUCUCAGGUGAGCAGGGGCAGAGGAUGAGGGACAGCUACGGUGUGUUCUGCGGUCACCACAACGACGCCGUCAGCCUCUACAAAGAGCAGCUCCAGAACAACAAGAAGUUCCAGAACUUGAUACGGAAAAUCGGUCUGUUGCCCAUCGUACGGCGGCGGGGUAUCCCAGAGUGCAUUCUGUUAGUGACACAGCGAAUUACAAAGUACCCAGUUUUGGUGGAACGCAUCAUUCAGUACACUGAAGACACGGAGGAGCACGAGUCUCUGGUGCAGGCCCUGGGCCUCGUCAAGGACACCAUCUCCCAGGUGGACUCCCAGGUCCACGAGUACGAGACGGCGGCCCGGCUGAGGGAGAUCGCGUCCCGGCUGGAGCCCAAGCCCCCGGGCCGGACGAAGGACGGCAGGGCCUUCCGCCGCGAGGACGUGGCCCGCCGCACGCUCCUCCACGAGGGGCCGCUCACCUGGAAGGCGCCCUCCGGCCGACAGAAAGACAUCCAUGUUGUGCUGCUGUCAGACGUGCUCCUCAUGUUACAAGACAAGGACCAGAAGCUGACGUUUGCCACCCUGGACAACAAGCCGUCGGUGGUAUCCCUCCAGAGGCUCAUCGUCAGGGAGAUGGCUCUGGAGGGCCGCGGCAUGUUCCUCAUCUGCGCCACGUCCAGCAUGCCGGAGAUGUACGAGAUCUACGCGGGCUCCAAACAGGAGUGUGAAACCUGGAUGACCCUCAUACGGGGCGCCGUGGACAGUUGUCCAGAAGGGGAGGAGGAGCUGGGCAGUGAGCAGGAGGAGGCGGCCAGAGUUUCCAGACUGAAAGACUUCCAGGAGCGCCUGCUGGAGAAGGACGCCCAGGUGGUCCUGAGCCUGGCCGAGAAGCUGCAGAUCUUCACUGAGUUUGCCGAGCUGGUGCCGGGCGUGGAGGACGCCACCUCCCACUGCCGCCUGCUGCUGACGGGCAACGCCUCUGACCUCCAGCAGGGGGAGCAGCUGCUCAGGGGAGCCAUCACCGACGUGGAGACCCUCCAGAAUCUUCUGUUGUCCACUUGGAGGAUGCCCUCCCCUCCCAGGGAGGAGAGCCAGGACCUGGGGGGGGUCAGGAGGGCUGACACCUUCGGGGGCUUCGACAGCAAGUCCUCCAACACACCAGUCAAGAAUGGCAGUGUGGGUGAGAGGCCUGCCAGCGACGAGGGCAGCCCCGUGGAGGGAGUUCUGUGUUUGACCUCCGACCCCCAGCUUCAGAACCCCGACCCCUCGGAGAGCGUGGAACUGUCGGCUGAUGAAACUACAUACUGCUGGGUCCCUGCCUGCUCCAGUGUCUUCCCCGAGGCUGAGUUCUUCGACCGAGUGCUGAAGCUCUCCCAGAGGCUGUACAGCCUGCAGGCCAUCAUCUCCCAGCAGGACAGCCACAUGGCCCUGCUGUCGUCGGAGCGCGAGCGCCCAGCGCGGCAGCGCGGCAGCGUGCUCCUGGAGCAGGAGAAGCAGAGGAACCUGGAGAAGCAGCGCGAGGAGCUGGCCAGCUUCCACAAGCUGCAGGCGCAGCAGCGGCAGGAGCAGGCGCGCUGGGAGCGGGAGGCGGAGCGCCAGCGGCUGCAGGCGCAGGAGGACGAGGCCCAGCUCCGCCUGCGGGAGGAGGAGAGCCGGCGGCGGGCCGAGCUGCUGGCGGAGGAGAGGGCGGAGCUGGAGGGGCAGCGGGAGGCGUACCAGCAGGACCUGGAGAGGCUGAGGGAGUCGACGAGGGCCGUGGAGAAGGAGAGGGAGCGGCUGGAGAUGCAGAAGAAGCUGAAGAAGCACAACACCAUCUCCAACCCCGGACACUUCAACUAUGAGGCGGCAGCACAGAACCUCACUGGCCACCAGUCCUUCCGGGGGGAUCUCCUCGCCAGCGCCCGAGACAGCACCCUCUCCCUCCGGCCCACGAAGACGCGCGUCCGGCCUGGCAUCCCCAGCAUCCCCGUCAGCGGAGCCUUCCUGGAGGUGCCCCCCGAGGUGCCUCCCCGUAAGGAGAGCAUCAGCCCCCUGACGGUCAAGGCUGAGGUGCCCCUCCACCUGGUGAGCACCACCAACCAGGCCUUGAAGCCGGGGCAGGUCCAGCAGCAGAUCCCCACCAAGCUGGCGGCCCUCAGCAAGGGCAAGGAGAGGAGCAGCAAGGCCAAGGGCUCUCACCAGCGCACGCGCAGUGCAGCCACCAUAGAAGUGAGUCAGGUGCUGCCUAUCCGGGUGACGGUGAAAGAGGGUGGAAGUCUACGGGCCAAGAAGACCGAGAGCCCAAAAAGCAUCCGCCAUUCUGAUUGUUUCAGAGCCCCUGAGGUGCCCGCCAACGUCAAGCCGUCCCAGUCGUUCAGCGUCCACAAGAGGAGCAGCCUGGACUCUCCGCCCGAGCCCCCUCCCUUCCCCAAAGACAUCACCCAGCCCAGCCAGGAGACGGUGGUCUUCCUCUAAGACCGCUCACAUGACGACAGAACCAGGAAGGACAUCCCCAAUGAGGAGAUGGACGAUCUAUGGCGGCAGACAAAGAAUGAAUACAAUAUGAAGACUUAAGUCGGUACACACACUUUAAACGGUACACGUUAAAACCAUGAAACGUGGCGUGCAAACAUGUCUUGAGUGAUGAUUGAAAGCCCAGAAAAGCUUUGUUUUUAGCUUUUUAUAUUGGACUGUAAAGAUUCAUUGAAACCGAAUUUUAGCAUUGGGUUGAUUUUGAACAGUUCCAUUGUACCAAAGACCUUUUUCUCCUUAUGUGCUUUUGUCGUCUUUUACAAAGUAGACCGGAACCUUCAGCACUCUUUAGUCAUUAAAUAUUUUUAAAUAUACACUUUUUCCAAAUGUUAAAGUUGUUGCCAUGUUUGCAUGCGUGCAGAUUUGAAGUGUCAUGCACGUGUGUAAAAUUAAGCUCUUUUAAAUUGUACGGGUUGUCUUCCAGUUAAAGAUAUGUCUUAAUCAAAUUAUGCUGAAUUUAGGGAACUAAAUGUACCUCUUACUGUAGGUAUGAGGACACUAUGGGCAUUUUAUAUUUGUCUAUUUUACAAUGUGAAUAAUUAAUUUUUUUAAAUGCCAAUUCAUUGUGGUUUCUUUUCUGUUGUGGACAAUCUCAUUUUGCAUUUUGUGCACUUCUUGGGGCUGUCACACUAUUUCUGCCAUAGUAUCAACACUCAACAUGGAUGUUGUUAAUCAAUGUUCAGUUAAAGUGAAUAAUUUCACCACAGGCAGCUGCCUUUUACAGUAUAAGUAACAAUGUACAGAUGGUCUGACAGUAAGACAGGAGAAGCAUAGGAAACGGAGUCAGGAGAAGCAUAGGAAACGGACUAGAGCCAAGAUUGUAAAUAAUGUUAAGAUAAAUGAAAUGUUUUCAAACAGCAGAACGCAUUAGGACAACGAUCUAUGCCAAGGUUUGGUUGCCAUCCGUGCCAUCCUGUUGAUUCACCGAUCCAUAGCUCAUGGUUGGAAUAAAAAUAAUAGAUUCUGAA